GUAAAGUAAAGCAAAGGAUAAUAAUAUGGUUCUAAUAAAGAUAAAUAGUGCAAUCGAAAAAUAUAUCCGAGCAAAAUGGGAAAAGCGCCUAUUUAUGAUACCAAAGAAGACAGCUCUACCAAUUAUCCAAACACCACCCAAGAGAUCUUCUUCUGUUCCUGUUCAUAUGCAACCAAAAGAUGAUAUACAAAUACAAAAGCCAUUACUACAGCAACAACAGCAGCAGCAACAACAGCCAGUUUUACCCAACCAGUUUAUGUUGACAGAUGAUCAAAAGGUUGACCAACUUGUUAAACUAGGGUUUACUGAUCGAGUCAUGAAUGCGGAUGCACUUCGUAGAGCAGGCGGAAACGUUGAUAUUGCGGCAACCAUCUUGACAGAAACAAGAGCAAAUAAUGUAAUGUCUGCGAGCAAUUUGUUCUCUACAAAUAACAUGUCACCCGCUUCUUUACCAACAAGCAAUCCUCUGUAUGCGAGUCAUGUUCAACCUUUAGGUAACACCUUGCCUAUGCAAAGUGCAGUAUUAACGAACAAUACUCAAGCCAAUCCGUUUACAUCAAAUAUAUCAUCAGUAUUCAUGCCACAGCAGCAGCAGCAACCAUCCAUGUUUAUCUCACAACAACAACAAGCAAAUAGUGUAGGCUUUCCUCCUCAACCUAACACAGGUAAUAUGUUUGCUACUCAACAGACAUCUUUUUCUUUGCAACAAAAUAAUAGAGCACUUUUUCCUGUACAACAACAGCAACAAACAGCAUCGCCUUUUAUGCAACAACCAAAUCCUACUACACAAGUAUCUGUUAAUGCAAAUGAUCCUUUCAAUCUAGCACCAAAUAACUUUGCCAAUCCCCUUCCUAAUAAUGUCAUUGGAAACUUGAAUGCAGGUAAGUCAACUGGACCAAGCUAUGAGGGUGUAGUAUUCACACUAUUCAAAGGAUACAAUUCAACACCACUAUUUAAUACUACCAACAAUCAUGGACAACCCCAACAGUUUUCAUCUGCUCCUAAUACACCAUUUCAGGCACCUACUACCAGUAAUCCAUUUUCUCAAAUGAAUACAACCCAUACUACUCCUAUCGCUACUGCUACAUCCAAUCAACCAGGAAACAGCCUUUUACCUUUUAUGAAUCAGCCAUUCAACAAUAACAACAUGGUUACAAACCCUUGGUCAACAAACCCCUCCUUUUAGAUGAAAUAAAUAUGAAGGAUAUCAAAUGCUUAUAUAAAGCACUUGUUUUAAUCAUCUGUGUGUCAAUUAGUCUCUAAGGAAACAGCCAAUCUUCAACAUGUCUUUUUAUCUUGACAACAGUAAUGAAUAGACGGCCUAGAUGCUGUUGCUGUGUUUGCUUACUUUCAAUCCAAUCACUCAAUGACCAAACAUGAUUUAUAAAAAUUCGAUAUGUUCAUGAGAGAUAUUCUGUCUAAAUAACCUCAACAACUAAAAAAUAAAAGCUUCUAGGAGACACAAUGGUAAGUUGAUA